AUGGCAUUUCCUCCUGAAGAUAUCAUUCCAAUCGUCACCCGAAUCUCCGAUAUUCUAAAGGAGCGUAAGCAGACAUUGAGUAUAUCUGAAUCGGCCUGUGGUGGGCUCAUUUCAUCCUACAUUGUCUCUGUUCCUGGUGCAUCUUCCUGCUAUCUCGGAAGUACCUUGACCUACUCACUUAAGUCUCGGCUGAAGCUUAGUGGAUGGUCUGAGGAAGAUAUCCAGUCCUAUACCGGCCCAAGUGAAGAUGUAGCACUUAGACUUGCCCGUAAUCUCAAAUACGAGCUCGGUAGCACAUACACACUCAGUGAGACUGGCUGGGCCGGACCCACGGGAGUUGACGGGGCCUCAAGUGAAGGUGUAGGCACCGUUUACCUGGCCAUUGUGGGACCAACGGGCCAGCCGAAGAAAACUCAUAAGGAUCUUCGUUCUUUUUCCUCGUUCAAUGCUCAUGACCGUGCGGGAAACAUGGCUGAAUUCGCUAAACUGGCUCUGGAAUUCCUGCUGGAUUAUCUUCUUGAACAGGAAACUACUUCAGCUUAA